AUGGCAGACGAGAGAGCUGGAGCCGAGAUCGUGUACGGUGCUGAAGAAUGUCAUCGCCAUUCCAUUGAUCUCCUUGAAGAACUCGGUUUCCCAAAAGGCGUUCUCCCACUCAAAGAUCUUGUGGAGUGUGGGAGAGUUCGUAAAACCGGUUUUGUUUGGAUGAAGCAAAAUGGUCCAUAUGAACACUUUUUUGAGGAGACUAAUACACGUGUUAGCUAUGCAACUGAAGUGACGGCCUAUAUUGAAAAAUAUAAGAUGAAGAAAAUGACCGGAGUUAAAAGCAAACAACUGUUGAUGUGGGUGCCUAUUGUUGAGAUGAGUAUGGAAGAUGAAAAAAGUUCCAAGAUUUACUUCAAGAUACCGGUUGGAGUUGGUAAGUCCUUCGCGGUGACUGCAUUUAUGACCGACGAAGAAAAAAAGAAAUAUCUUCUUGAGCAUUCAAAGUAA